AUGAGCGACAAUCGAUGCCAGCCGAACAGCUGUUUUCGCUACGACAUACAUCCUAGAAAUACGAGUGAAAGGGUAGAGAAACACAACAACAAUACAAUGAUGUGCGAAACAGAAAUGCCAAGGACGGCGUGUGACAGCGGAUGGAGUUUCGACGUCGCUAACCACCGAACCAGCACCGUUACCGAGUGGGACCUAGUUUGUGAUAGAGGCUGGUUGCGAGAGUUUGCUCAGGCUACAGUGCAGAUGGGUAUACUGGCAGGAACAGUGGUGGUAUCCCCGCUAUCUGACAGACAUGGCAGAAGAUUAUACAUAUUCAUCGCUCUGUCAUGCAAUAUACUCUUUAGUGUGUGCUCGGCAUUCGCACCUUACUUUCCGAUAUUUCUCAUCUGCCAGUUCCUCUACGGUGGUACAUUUGUUGGUUCGUACGUUAUCGCUUUCAGUUACGUCCUAGAAUGGAUCGGGCCAUCACGUAGAGCAUUUGCGUGCAACAGUGUGGUCGUUUUUUAUUCCUUUGGAUACGCUUCGCUUGCUGGCCUGGCUUAUCUAAUACGUGAUUGGAGGCAGUUAUGUCUGGUGUUAAGUCUUCCGCAGAUAUUCAUGCUAGCAUACAUCUGGUGCAUACCAGAAUCUCCGCGAUGGCUUAUGUCUCGGGGCGAUAUCAAGGAGGCUGAAGUGAUUAUUCUAAAAGCUGCGAGAGUCAACAAGGCUGACAUAAGUCUACUGCUACCAAAACUGCGUCAUUACUACCAGGAAGAACGUAACAAAAGAAUUGACUCAAAGUCUACGAAUAACUGUAAGAAGCAGUUGAACUUUUUUGAUCUUCUUCGAACACCAGUUCUCAGAAAGCGGUGUCUAAAUAUAUUUUGUCACUGGAUUGCUGUCGCCUUUGUUUACUAUGGACUUUCUCUCAACAUCGCCACUUUGCCAGGAGACGAAUACUUGCUUUUCUUUAUGGCCGGAAUUGUCGAAGUGCCUGCAUCGCUUCUUGCUAUUUUCUUGAUCGACCGAUUUGGGCGCCCUAUUCCGCUUUGUUCUUUCUUCAUUGUUGCCGGAGCUGGGUGUAUUGGCUGUCAGUUCUUUCCAGAAGAUCUGAAUCAUCUAUCAAUUGCUGUUGCUAUGAUUGGUAAAUUAGGUGCUGCGGCUGCCUUCUGGACUACAUAUAUUUACACCUCUGAGUUGAUCCCCACUGUACUCAGAGCUUCUGGUCUCGGUGCUGCAACCUGCUUCGGAAGACUGGGUUCCAUUUUUGCACCGUUUGUUCAACUUCUAUCGUCAACUUGGAAGCCUCUUUCUUUUGUCGUAUAUGGAUGUGUAUCUAUUUUGGCUGGCAUGAUGCUUCUUUUGCUUCCAGAGACAAUGGGAAAACCACUCCCAAACACUAUUGCCGAUGUAGAAAAUUCAUCUAGCAAAUUUAAUGUUGUGACGAAUGCAACCACCGAAGACGGCAAAGAUGACGAUGAAAAGUUGAGUGUUUGGGCAUCUUUGAUUAACCUCAGCUAUGCAGCAAAGAUGUCAAACGAAGAGUACAGCAUACUAUAAUAACACUCAUUGCGGUCAGCGUGAAAUUACUAUAUCUACCUAAUUUAACAUUUAACGGAAAUAUUAUUUGCCACUCACUUCAAGGUUUGUACAAAUGCGACAAACGUAAUCCACAGUAAGGUGGACGUGACUAUGAAUAUAAAUAUUAAACAAUGUUGAAAUGUUAUUCUAAAAGAUAUUUGUCAAGCUUAAAGCUUGUUACUUACAGCUAAGUUACUUUCUAUUAUAUUUCGAGGAUGCCGUAUGAAAAAGGAAAGGCAAGUACUGUAAUGACCCUCUUCUCCCACUCAUUCCACUCAGACCAGAAUUAAAGCGGGGAUGUCGUCACCUGCGCAGCGCCAAAUGGCCAUAUCGUGUCAUUGUUUACAAACAAGCGUCUACCCUUGAGCCUUUGCGUUUUUAGCGUGUGUUAUCGUCGCUUGGGACUCGAUUCCGCGCGUGC